AUGUCAUUGAGUCCAAUCCUUGAUUUGAUGAUCCGUCGUUGGAUGGUACUCGUUGAUGUUUAUGAAAACGAGCAAGAAAGAAUGGCCGGGAGAAUCCAAUCCCGUGAAGAACAAAGAGAACACGGGCCUCGUUCACACCUGUCUGCAGGAGAUUUGUUUUUUGUCAAUCGAUCACCUAUUAGAUUUCCCAUGGAGUUAAGUGACAGUCGAAAAACACAGCAACGCCCUCAGAACAGAGUCCCGGAGCCCACAACGAUCCACAACAGUACACGACUGCUGAACAACGAUGAUUCAACAAAAGGAAUGGACAAAGGAAUAACGAUCUAUGCCAAACCAAGAUCAUCGGACAAAAUGGAAAUUUUUCGAUGCAUGGAAUACAAUCCAGUGGCCAGGAUCCAAGUCGUCUCAACUUCACUGAAUUCCUACAAGAAAUUCGCAAAAACCGAAGAGAUCAAGGUCCAAACUGGAAAAGUGGCAUCACUGAAGGAUUGUUCCUUUUCAAGACAAAGUAAUGAUAUGGGUCUCUCGAAGUCGGAUGAGAGUUUAUAG